AUGGCACCUUCGCUCUCUGGCCAGAGCUGUAACAUGAAAACGGCCGUCCUUUCUGGCAACAGGGCUAAAGUGGAUCUAUUUCAGGUGCUGUACUUCAGGAGGCCAGUGCGUAGAGACAUGACAGAAUGGACGCUGCUCAAGCGGCUGCUGGACGCUGUGCACCAGCACUCAACCAUGAUUGGACGCCUCUGGCUCACGGUCAUGGUGAUUUUCCGCCUGCUCAUUGUGGCCGUGGCCACGGAGGAUGUCUACACGGACGAGCAGGAGAUGUUUGUAUGUAACACCCUUCAACCGGGAUGUCCCAAUGUCUGCUACGAUGCCUUCGCCCCAAUCUCGCAGCCUCGGUUCUGGGUCUUCCAGAUCAUCACCGUGUCUACGCCUUCUCUUUGCUUCAUCAUCUACACAUGGCACAACUUGUCCAAGCAGCCGGAGGGCGAGCAGUCGAGGGAGGCAUAUGACCGCAGUUGCGACUCGGACAGUUGCGACAUCAAGUCGCACAAACAUCUCGGACACAGUCUUGCUGACGUCCUCGAGGGCAUCGCCAACCAAAGCACCCCAGCGUUGCAGGAAACCAGGGUUCCUUCCAAAAGCUCCUUAGGUGUCCUUUCCAAGUACUACGUCUUCCACGUGUGCUUUCGUGCCGUUUUGGAAGUCGGUUUCGUAGUGGCUCAAUGGCUUCUCUUCGGUUUCCGCGUUCCCGCUCACUUUGUAUGCACGGCUACACCUUGCACGCAGAAGGUCGACUGCUACGUCUCACGUCCCACCGAGAAAACCAUCUUCCUGAUCUUCAUGUUUUGUGUAGGCAUCUUCUGCAUCUUCCUCAACUUCCUAGAGCUCAAUCACCUGGGCUGGAAGAUGAUCAAGAAGUCGCUGCUCAUCAAGGACGGCUCCUGGAGGGGAUACGGCGCUAUAAAUCAAGACUCACAGUCGAUAGUCUCGCUAACCUUCAGAGACGUGACCAGCACUACUUCUCUACCUACCCUAGAUCUAGUCGUGGACCACCAACCUGACUGGAACUGCGCUGGGAACUGCUCAACGAAGAAAGACAAGGACACCUGCAAAGGAACACAAUCGCUCAAGGGUAAAUUGCAACCAAACAAAGGAAGAAAAUCGAAGCAAAGGAGCAGUGAGGUUUGGAUAUAA